UGCACACAGCUCCCUCCUCUUCCGUCUAGCUUCUCUGCCUCUCCUGCUUAAACGGUUUCUCGCCAUCACAGAUCAGUUCUGCCAACAGCGCACCUGUUCUCAUCGCAUCGCUAGACAGUACAGAAGACAGAAAGGUCAUGAGGCUACGACUGGACUUUACAUUCGCUCUGCUCCUCAUCAUCCACAGCAUCUCUAGCGUUUCACUUCAGGAUCCUUUAGAGUAUGGAGCUGGACUUAACGAUGGAAAUGACUACUACGACGCUGUGGUCCCCACCGUCGGUGGAAAUGACAUAGUUGGAGACUCGACCAACAAUGACCAACAACCCCUUGAGGAGGAGGAGAACUCUGAUGGCCUGGCCCAAGGGUCCAUGGUAUUCAGUAGUGCUGCUGAGGAGGACCCCCAGCCCACAUUCCCACCAGAGUAUCUGAGAGACGGUGAGGGAGAGGAGCCCUCCGGUUCCUCAGGUACUACCUCAGGUUCCUCAGAGACAAACGGCACCAUAGAUAUUCCAGAGGUCAGGACGGACGACUACCCUGGAGAGAAUGAGACCAUGGAGGAUGAGAACCGACCAGAGAAUACGACUGUGACAACCAACACCAACACCAACACCACACAAGUACCAGAAGCUCCACUCGACCCAAUGGUGUCUCCACAGAAUGAAACUGUGUCAACCAACAGUACCAAUCCCACCGGCGAGACCAACAGCACGUCGCAGGCAAACGGCACCAUGACCACGGAGACAGAGGUCAACAGCAACACCACAGAGGUCACCAGUCCAACGCCCGCCACCAACGGAUCAGAUAUCGUCCCUCCUCAGCCUACCGAGGGAGCACCGCAGGACGAGGGGACGACAAGCACCACGGCCGGGGUCAACGACACCAAUGAUGGAUUAGCACCUGUUACUGAAAGUCUACCCGGCGACGAGACCACCACCACCACGGCGACGCCAGGGGAGAUUCCCAUUGAUGAUGCUACUACAGCUGAGCCAACGCCAGGGGAGAUUCCCAUCGAUGAUGCUACUACAGCUGAGCCAGAAGUACCGGUGGAGCCCACCACAUCCACAGAAGGCCUUACUGGCACUGCAGUGGGGAAAGCUGCUGGUGUCGGCAGCGGGGACAGCGAUGAGCGAGGUUUGUCAUCAGAGACAGAGAAUACGAAGAACAAUAAAGCGUGGGGAGCUGUCCUGGGCAUCGCAGUGGCUGUGGGCUUUGUGGGUCUGGUCGUCUACGUUUUACUAAAGAGGAGAGGCCGAAGGAAUUUCUCUCACUCAAAAUUAGUUGAAGACGGACACCCUGAUCCAGUUCUGAGGUUGGACAAUGGUGAACCACUGGACUUGAAAUUUGAUGGGCAGGGAUACCACAACCCUACUCUAGAAGGAGACAACAUUCAAAUGUCUAACUAUCCUUCUGGAAAUUUCCGCUGAUAAAUGUCUGUUCUGUGCCAUCUGAAUCAAACCACUCCAGCUUGUUGCACCUUUACCAUCAGAUGAGAGUCCAUCUGAAAUCAAAUGAAGAUUUUUUUAUACUAUUUUGUAGAUAAGAUUGCCAAAAUCCUUAAAUAUUUUAAUAGAGAUGUUUUUCUACAAACCUUCCAGUACUUGGAUUCUCUGUAACUUUUAUAGAUGUGAUGAUCCUCAUCGCUACAUUAUUUGUCUUUCCUUGUGUGUCAUUGUGUUGUUCAUGUUGUUGUUUGUUCCAUAAGCAUGUGAGGGUUUUUGUAUGUUUAAUCCUACUUGGAUUUUGUUAUGUAUUUAAUGAUCAUAAUAGUUUAUUUAAUGUAGUAUUCAGAAGAUCAAUUGGAAGUGGACUGAAAUGAAAAUAGAAAUAAAAUCAACUAUACAAGUGUCUAUUUUACUGCUCAUUAUU